CUUGGCUUGGUGCGCUCAGCUGCGAGACGGAGCCAAGCUUCCACUGACUGCAAAUGUGCAGUAUAGACCAGUUGCACCGAAGCCGCGUUCGAAAAACCCCAUCCACAUCGACAACGCCAUCUUCAAACUGAGCUGGCGGAUUGAGAGAAAUACAUCCUUGAAACCAUGCCAGGCAUUUGGUCGUCUUCCAAUGGCUUCCGUCACCCGUUCCUCGCGGCGCGCUGAAGCUCCGCACCCGCAUCACCACCUGACGCCCCCAGCAGGAGUAUUCGCACAUGCCCAGGGAGGAGGAGGAGGGCGCAACAAGAGGGCACUCGACACUAACGAUCGCGAUUUCGAUGCGAUCAAACCGAAAAGAACGCGAUUUACAGUCGAGAUCUUCGCAAAGGGCACUCACGGACUCCGUGAUGCCGAUAUCGACAACAACAAAGCGGCACCACCCACGCGCAAACCUGCUGCGACGCCUACAGUGGCGACUGCGACACCAAUACCCCCUCCUGCUACGAACGACAGCACGACAUCGAAGCCGAAGCAGGAGCACACUCUGACAAAACACCAGAGCAAAGUUAUCAAUGGAAUCAAACAUGAACUCGAUCGGUUGCAGCCUCAGCCGAGCGAUACUAAUACCCAGGAGCAAGGCCGCAAGCUGCGCUCUCAGGAAGCUACAAGGUUCAAAAGCGAACUUUCUGCCUAUUUUCCUGAAUAUGAUGAGGUGAUUGGGAAUGAGCCCAAGGAGCAGCAAUUAUUCAAUGUUGACACGCCCAUCGUAAUCGUUGAUUCCGAUCCACGACGCGCCGUUUCAGAAAAUCAACGCGCGAUCCCACAAACUCACCACCCCGCAAUUGAAUAUCCUGUACGAGGAUACGGCGAUGCCCUCUUCUACAAUGUAUUCGAUUGUCAGCAAGUCGAUCUAGGUUUUCUAGAAUCGCAGUCGAAGAACAAGACCAUUGAAGAUCCUUUACCAGAUAGACUAUUUCAGCCAAUACAUCGUCGUGCUGAGCGGCUGGAGAGAUCAAUACGUAACACCGAGAAAGGCAGAGCACAGCACGAAAGGGACCAAAUUAUCCGACUUCUCGAAGGACUCCAAGGCCAUGACUGGUUAAGAGUCAUGGGCGUCAGUGGUGUGACAGAGACGAAGAAGAAGACGUUUGAGCCUGCUCGUAACCAUUUCAUCAAAGGAUGCCAGGCUAUCCUUGACAAGUUUCGAAACUGGGUGUUGGAAGAGAAGAGACGGAAGAUGGAGAAAGACAAGGCCCGGGCUGAGAAGGAAGAAGAGGAAACCUCAUCAAGCGUCGAAGAAGAUGAAGCUGGCGAUGAUAGCGAGAAUGGUGAUGCAAGCGACUCAGAAUCACCAGCAAAGCAACUGCAAGAGGAGGCCAUGGCAAGAUCCAAGAAUGCCAAAGGUUCAAAGAACCGAAAAUCGACUCCUCAACCAGCCGUAGCAAAAAUCCCGCGUCCUGUGAAAGCACCACCGGCUCCAAGGCCGCCAGAACCACCCAAGGAGUUCAAAUCGUUCUUCAGCAAGAGAUAUGAGCGUGACAGCGCUCUGCAUCGACACAGGCGCACAGGGAGGAAGAUUAUGGCAUGGGGUCUACCCAUGCCUGAGAUACCCGAGGUUGACUUUGAUUUGCCGGAGGAAUACCGUGGUGAAGAUACCCUCAAGGCUCGCGCGAGGCAGCAGCGCCGCGAACGAAGACGCAGCAAGCAGUGAGUAGUUCUUGUUUGGCUGUUUGUAAUAUCAUUGCAGGCGAAGAGGAUUGGUAGGCCGGUUGUACUAAAUGGGUUGGCGUUUCGGGAGGGAUCUGAGACGCCCUGGUAUGGGCGAUGGUAUCACAGUUGUCUGAUUGGGAUUGUGCGUAUAACUCGAGAACCUUCAUGAGAUGCUAUAUUAGAAUUUUGGCCUGUCGUUCAAAUUGGGCUGCGAAGCCAAUGACAUGUGACACCUGUUGCUCAACGAGGUCCAACCAACUCACUAAGGAUGAGAGGUCAUAAACAGACGUUCGGUAAUAAAUGCCUG